AUGUAUCGGAAAUGGUUUUCCAGCAAACCAUUUUCGAAAUUUGAUCCUUCAAUGUCCGUGUUUCGGCAUUAUGAGUUCGCUGAUCUUAAACAGCGAUUCAGAAAUGAGCUAAGCAUUUCAAGAGCACCUCCGCAGUGUAAACCAGUGUUUUCAGUCGAGCAGGUUGGAUCUUUGGAUACUCUGCAGCAGCAUUUAUUUCCAGAAAAUCACAGCAAUCGUAUUGGUGUUAUUAAGUUUCCUGAAAAAAUCUGCCAAGAUUUAUUUUCUGAAAAUCCUAAUCUUGAACAUCUAGUGGAGAGCAAGGUACCAAAAGAAAGCAAUGGGCACAUGAUUUUCUCAAGAAGCUGGGCUGUGGAUAUCGACAUGGAGAAGAAUGAUGGUGUCAUUUGCGAUGUCUUGUUAAUAGCUACUAAUUGCUAUCCCACUCUGAUCACGUUUACUGAUAGUAGCAGUGCUGACAUUGUUAAAUAUUCAAGGUCAACUGCUUUUGCUUUAAAACAGAAACUUGUAAAUCUUGGAGGAUAUUCUGAACGGAUAUGCAUUGUAGCAGAAAUAUGUACAAUAAACAGUCCCAGCUCUGAUACAGCCAUUGACUGUGACCUGGCUAUAUUGUAUCCAUAUGAAUAUCGAUUAAAACCUACUGACAUUAAGCCUAUUUGUUUGUCCCUUACAGUAGUUUUAUUCAGUUUCAGAUCAUUUUUAAGUAACUCCCUUGGUUGUGAAUUUCUGAACCUUCUCACAAUUCAUCAGUUCAAGCUUCUCCAUUAUACCCACAACAUUGAAAGAUGUAGAAAAUUGUUUAUUCAUGGCUUGCCUGGAACAGGGAAAACUGUUCUUGCCAUGGAGCUACUUAGACGAAUUCAGAAUACAUUUAGAUGCCUUGAGAAUGAAAUUUUGUACAUCUGUGAAAACCAGCCUCUUAAAGAAUAUGUAAGCCGUAGGUGAAGAUGUCUUGCUGUGACAAGGUUUUCAUUUGUGAGGGCUGAUUACUCUUCAGUCACACAUAUAGUAGUUGACGAAGCCCAAAACUUUCAACAUGAGAGAUGUGAAGAAUCAUGGUUUCAGAAAGCCAAGUUGAUCCACGAGAACAGCAGGACAAAUUUAGGUGGACGAGGUGUCUUCUGGAUUUUCAUGGACAACUUUCAGAAAUGCCAUGUUUCCGACACUGGAAUACCAGAAGCAGAAGACCAGGAUCCACAAUACUGGUUAACUGAAGUUGUCAGAAAUGCUUAUAAAAUAUAUAAUCUUAUGAUUCCUGUCAUGCGGAUAAUAGCAGACAAUUCUGACCACUUAAAAAAGCAGCUUUGUGAGUCCAGUUGCGAUCCUUCAUUUUCUGGUGAAGUUCAUAUUGAGUUUAAUUUAAACAUGUGUGAAAUUGCUGAUUAUGUAGCAUCCAGAAUACAAAAUUAUUUUGAAAGUGGCUAUGCUGGUAAAGAUGUUGGCAUUAUUUGUAGCACAGUGGAAGAUUCAGAGGAUUUCUAUAAAUGUUUGGUACCAAAGCUGAAGAUGAUAAGAUGGAAUGUGAAUAUUGGAAAGGCAGACCAGAUUCUUGAGCAAUGUAUUGUAUUAGAUAGUGCACGUAGAUUUUCAGGAUUAGAAAGGCCUAUAAUUUUUGGCAUUGAUCCAGUACCUAAAAAUGGCAGGAUACACAACAGUCUUCUUGUUUUGGUUGCUUCGCGAGCAAAAACAAAACUCUAUUUAUUAUUUAAGAGAGGGGGAAACAGUCGUGGAGGUUUUCUGUAG